AUGAAUUUUGACCAGAAGGCUGUGAAAUUCCUGGCAAAUUUUUACAUCAAUGGAGGAAAACACUGGACCAGGGGCCCCCUGAGUCAGAAGUCUCUUCAUCCCACCCAGCCCACGGCUGCUGUGCUGUGGUGGGACGAGGAGGUCCAGGCAGCCUGGGAUGAGAUGUGGCCCCCAAAAACGAAGAGGGCCCCAGAGGGCUUCAGGUUAAGAAUGGGCACCCCCAAUGAGUCCACACCUGUCUGCACAGGGCCCCUGAGGGAGCUGUUGCUAGAGCGGCGUCCUCCAAUCCUGACCGACCUGGAUGUCCCUGGCCCCACCAAGUAUGAGAUGCCCAGCGCGUCUCUGUCUCUGCGAGAGUACUCUCCACACCCCCAUUUCACCUUCGGUUCCAAGUACCCGGGUCGAGAGGGUGGUGGCCGCAGGGCAUGGCAGACCGUGUGGUUCCAAAGUGAAAACCCCUUCAUACAGAAGACCGACUUCAACAGAGAGCAAAAGUGGCCGUCGCCCGCCGAGUACAAGCCUCUGAGCCAGCCUGCCUUCCCGGCCUUCAGCUUUGGAGGCCGUCGUCGCUCUGCUGUCAAAAUACCCGAGAGUCAUUUCCGCCCAGGGAUGCUCCGAGACCGAGGUCCUCGUUCCUACACCCCACUCAUGCCUGCCCCCCAGCCCUCCGGCGAGAAGCGACCCAGCCCCAACACCUAUGACAUCCUUCCCGGGUGCCGUUUGCAGAGCACGCGCUCACCUGCCUUCUCCAUGAGCCGCUCUCCGGCCCUUACCUCCUGGGCGAGCUCAUCCCGAACCCCAGGUCCGGGGGCCUAUUACGUGGAAGACUGCUACAACUCACGCUUCCCGGCUUCGCCUGGAGUGGUCAUCCAAGGAGUGCGCAGACCCAAGCGCCACGACACAGGCCCCUUCUGCACCCUGUAG